UCACAUGAUGCUUCUCUUGUGACAACCCAGACAGAAAGGAAAAGCCUUUCUGACUUCCAGUUGAGUUACACAAGGCGCUGCGAUGACAGAUUACUGUUGUUUUGGUACCAAAGGACCAACUGCCGGGAGGGAAAUGGAGUUAAGUUAACCAUUACCAGACCAACUCAGACCAUUCCUGUAUUUAAAACGGACGUUUGGUAAAGAUUUGAGGUUGUUGCGCCGACGGGGACAAAGUUGGCGCAUGGAGAGGGUCGAAGUUUCAUUUUGGCGCAGCGUCUUUUCUUUGUUUUCUUUGUUUUUUGUCGCCACCGCGAGUCAACAAACGUCGCGCGGGUUGUCGAUCAGCUGAAGACAAGUAGCCGGACUUCAGUUUUGAGCCUUUCUGUUGCCGACUUUAUCAACUUAAGGACAGAGAACCGGACAACUUGAGGACGCAUUACGUCGGGUGAGAUGGUGGACAGCAAGCCUCUUCUUCAGGACAGACCUCCCGCCUACAACACCGUCCCCGGGGCUUAUGAGUACGCCCCGCAGCAGAACAGCUAUGGGGCCAUACCCCCGCCGGCCCCGCCGCCCUACGCGUACCCCGACGGCCAAGGAUUCCCAUCAGCCCAGAUGGCCCCUGCCGUAUCCCAGCAGCCCUAUGCUGCUACCUACACCAUCGUCCAACCGUCUGUAGUGGUGGUGGGAGGCUGCCCUGCCUGCAGAGUUGGUGUCCUGGAGGAUGACUUCACUUGCCUUGGGAUCCUGUGUGCCAUCUUCUUCUUCCCCCUGGGGCUCCUCUUCUGCUUCGCGCUGCGUCAGAGAAGGUGUCCCAACUGUGGCGCCACCUUCGGCUAGAAGGACCAAACCGCGGCUCACGGAGUCGCUCAUGCUCCCAUGUACACACACACACACACAAACACACACGCAUAAUCCAGCAUUUUCAUGUCUUUUUGUUUUAUCUUUUCUUAAUAUUGCGCAUAUUGCUGUUGCCAUUACGUUAUGUACGACAAAUGAUCAAGAUGAUAUCACCUUGAAUUAUCGAUGUGAGUUUUUAAUUAGAGGCACGUGUAGAAACCUGUUGUCAUCUGCUAGUUGAGGAAGUAUUCUAUCACAUGUGAGCGUCCAGAUGUUGUCGGUGCCUUCACUACAUGCUGAGUGAUCGUCAGAGAUUCCAUCAGUCAUGACGUCUUCUGUAGAUUUAGCUCAGUUAUCUGCGCAGAUUCCUUUAUGUUUCUACAAGCCACGAUUAGGCACAUGCCUGAGUUUUGUUUUCUUUCUUUUCUUUUGUCUUUGCUGGCAUCCUGCAUACGUAUUUUUUUUUUUGGUUAACAUUGUGCUUAGUAAUAUUGUACCCACAGUAUCCAUGUAGAUCACUGAUGUAUUAGCUUCUUCUGGAGAUGCGAACCCCUUAUUGGCUCAGUGUGUCACAUGGAAUAGCACGUAAGGAAAAAAAAAAAAAAAAAAAAAUUAAGAUUUAAAGCACGAGUCGAGAUCCUUGGACAUGAACUGUCCCAGCUGGAACAAUGGACUUGCACCAGACAGACAGGCUGCACCGUUUUGUCUGUUUUUGUUGAUAUUAUUUCUUGGGGCCAUAUUUGCACUGACCGUUUGUCUGAUGAUUAUUCUACUGGGUUGUGCUUUUCCAGGGCCAAUGCAGACCUCAGGUAUAUACAAUCUGAAAUGCCCUUGACUUUACAACCUCAAUCACUGUUCGACUUCGGACUUCUACCUACUCCAAAAGGACUCUUUGUGUCAAAAGCGCCGACUCCUCCUUUAAAUGUGAGGAGUUCCACGUCGAGGAAGCAUGCUGCGAGUAAAAGCUGAAGAAAUCUCUCAGUAGUGUGUAUAAUCUCUGGAUUUUUAUCUUAGUACUCUGUGACAAGUCAACCUGCCCCGGUCCUCCCAACCAGACAAUCAAUUGAGAAUGUCUGUCCUUAUAUGUGCGGUAUCUUAAUGUCUAUGUCUUCCAUCACAGCGAGAUGUUAUAUAACUGUCCAUGGCAGAAGAGACAGAGAUAUAACUGGGUGGGAGGGAUUUAAAAAAAAUAUUCUUGCUUUAGUAAACACACUACGCAUGCUCUUAUGAUUAAGGUUCUUACUUUUUAUAUAGGAGUUACUGUAAUUAAAAAUGAAUGCUACUUACUU